UUCUCUUAUAUCUAUAUCAUUGGGAUAAUUAAUCAUUCGCCUCUGCCGCAGAAGAAAUCUCGCACCGAGACAGCCUCCCGUCCCUCAGACCCGUAUCAUGUCGCAACCAAUUCAUUUUGUGCAUGAGACCAAGCCAGGGUCUUCAUUGGAUUCGAGUCAAGUACGUGCUCUUCGGUCACACGUUCGGAAAGUCAAUCUCGAAAGGUCAAACCAGAAGAGCACCCGGCGGCUAGAGAAUUUUCGUUCCUUGACCAUUACAGAUUUCUCAGAGGGAGGCAAAGUGAAAAGCGGCAAGCGGAAACAACCCCCAAACGAGGAUAACCGUCAAAGUCUUGAACCGGAAAUUGAAGACCUUCCAUCACGAGAAGGUGCCUCACAACAAUGCCCCCUGAAUCCCAGUGGUGCUGAUAUUCCCACAACCGCCUUUCAAUUCCUGUCGUCAGCGGCUGGCGAUGGUCCUCCGAGACGAUGCACCUGUGCGAGGAGUCGCGCGAAGCCACCCAAUCCAAAAUUGCCGAGCUCGGGUCGAAUCCCGGUUGUUGGUGCAUCGUCCUCCAACGAUGAAAGCCACCCCUACGCGUCGCAAAUUUCAAAAGCUAUCGAUCUUGACGAAACACGAAUCGAUUAUCUUCUCAGGAGUUGUGCCUUUCAAGUGGCGGCUGAGCCACUGCUCGUUUCAGGCCCUGUUGACGGGGACUUGACGGCGCUCUCCCUAUUUCCGGAGUGCUUGACUAACUCGGCAUUUCUGUACGCCCUUCUCUAUUCUAUACUUCAUAUCCAUAAUUCCUGCAACACAACAAACGAAUCACUCCUGCUCAAGACAAAAGCCAUCGAAUGUCUGAGGGAAGACUUGCACAAGGACGAUCCCAAUAUCCGAGCUCUGUCAAUUGGAACAAUCCUGCUUCUGUCCUGUGUUGCGCAUCAUUGCGGUGACCUUGCUGAGUCUUCGGCACAUUCAGAGGGUCUCUAUAAACUUCUCGAGCAUUGCCAUGCAGAUGGGACGCAACUACGAUCCGAAGUACUACACGCAGUCUUUUGGCAGCACCUUCUAGGUACCGCGCUUGUGUGCAAUCAAGAUCGCUUCCAGCAACCAGACUUUCGAGGUCUUCUUGGCCGGUCCGAAGAAUUUCCUACCGCCUCGCUGCCUGCCCUACCGCUUGGAUUCGUUCUACACGAACAAGUCAUUAGCGGCGAUGUCCUGCUUUGUAUUCGCAGCCUCCUUUACCUCCAAGAGCUCGUGGCGACGGGUACCACCGAUCGGGAGAAGAUUACCGACCUACAAACAUCCAUCCAGUCUCGGCUUGUCUUCCACGAGGAAAGUUGCAAGAAAAUUGGGCCGAUAGCAGAGUGCUGUCGGUUGGCAGUAUACAUUGUUUGUUACAUGACAAGCAUCCAAACGUGGACUAGCGCUUUUGUUCCGCUGAGACUGGCAGAGAAGCUCCUGGCGCAUCUCGAUAAGAGUCUGGGCACCGACUUGUGGCGCUACCGACGCGACUUGUUUCUGUGGUUGCUACUGGUCGGCAUGUCCGUGGGCAAAGGGCGAAACUGUUUUGCAACCGAGCUUGCCACUCGAUAUCAAGAGUUCAUUGACAAGGCAAUUGACGACGUCCAAAAGUGGGAUGAACUGAAGGAUGGACCCAAAGUCCUGCACAAUGUCGUGGAACGGUUCGUUUAUGCUCAAGAAUGGGUGGCCAAAAGACAUCUGAUCCCCCGUUGGACGGAUCUUGAGAUGAGCGUUUUCCUGUGUGCUUCCGACGAUGUUGACAUUGAGAUGGGAAACGAAGAAACCAAUGCUCUUCUGCAAGAGCUGGUCCCGGAUACUAACCUUUUUGAGUGACUGUGGGCAGAGGAUGACAAACCUUGCAUGGCCAACAUUCAGCCUUACUGAGCAACCAUGGAACGAUUGUGGUCUCUGGGAUUGGUCGCCUGCGAAUGUCGACCACGCUGGUGUUCACCGGCGACUACUCUCUGGAAGCGGCGCAGAAAGUUGAUCAUGCAGCAUGGGCUGUCAGCUACGCGAAAUUUGUGCCUAUACAUCGGAACCACGUCGUGCCUGCACUCCCAUUGCACGACGGCCACACCAGCAUGAUCUUCAAGCAGUUGUUCUCCACCGUCCUGCAACGUUUCAAAGCAUGGAGUCCUCAUACCCUUCUUUCAUCAACGGCCGGGACAAGCGGGCACCUCAGGGUUGGUGCGCUACCUCAAGAUGCUCGCAACUGCUUACGGGGCCUCUUGCCAUUUCUUUGGCUUAGAGUCCAUCACGGAAUCCAACCUGUGCCGCCGAGUCCCAGUCUUGAAACAAACGCAUACCAUACUCUUUGACAAGGCUUCCACAAACCCAUGGAAUGAUUCCAGUUCGUAGCUGUCACGAGCGCAGUGGAGUUUCCUCUUUACGUUAUCUAGCGGUUGAGCAGCAAAUUUCCUUGAAAGCAAUUGCCUGGCGCUUUCGGAUCAAACCACAUCAAGUGUAGUCGAGGGUUAAUGGAUAGUUGUUGGUGCAAAGUGGUCGGCUUCCAUGGUGGUAGGGAGAAGACAGCUCGCGAGUCAAUUGUUCUUUGGGUUGCCUGCUAUGACCAUUAUUUGAGCAUGCUUGUGCCUAGCUUUGACAAUCUCGG